UAACCGCCUAAGUAUGGUCUGCCACCUUUAGCGUUGUAAAAAGUUGAAAAUUUGUUCUGCUUUUGCAGAAAUUCCAGCUAAAAAGAUUAAAAAACAAUUAGGAAACAGUAGGCAUAUAGAUCAGAAUGUCGGACUCGGAAGUCAGUAAUAUGUCGGAUAGUGGCUCCGAAGAUGGAUCAAUUUCCAAUAAGUCGCAACGCAGUGCCAGAUCCAAAUCAAGAUCAAGGUCUGGUUCCCGAGGAUCAAGGUCAGUUUCCAGGUCCAGAUCACGUUCGCAAUCGGGUCACUCAAGAUCCGGUUCUGAGUCGCCACAAAGACGAGACAAUCGCGGCAAAAGCGACGAAUCCGGCGAGGAAGAGGAGGAGCCCCCAGGCGAGGACAUCGAUUCGGAGGAAUACGACGAGGAGGAAAAUGAUGAUCACCCCAGGAAAAAGAAGAAAAAGGAACGAUUUGGUGGCUUUAUCAUUGACGAGGCCGAAGUCGACGAUGAGGUCGAUGAGGAUGACGAGUGGGAGGAGGGAGCCAAUGAGAUUGGCAUUGUGGGCAACGAGAUUGAUGAACUGGGACCCACGGCCCGGGACAUUGAAAUUCGACGACGAGGCACUAACCUCUGGGACACCCAAAAGGAGGAUGAGAUAGAGGAGUACCUCCGAAAGAAAUACGCUGACGAGUCCAUAGCGAAGCGCCAUUUUGGUGAUGGCGGUGAAGAGAUGUCGGACGAGAUUACCCAGCAAACCUUGUUGCCAGGAAUAAAAGAUCCCAACUUGUGGAUGGUUAAAUGCCGAAUUGGAGAAGAAAAAGCGACAGCUCUUCUUCUUAUGAGGAAGUUUUUAACCUACUUGAAUACAGACGAUCCACUGCAAAUCAAAUCUAUUAUCGCCCCAGAGGGCGUCAAAGGAUACAUCUACCUAGAGGCCUACAAGCAGACCCAUGUCAAAACUUGCAUAGAAAACGUGGGUAACCUUCGAAUGGGCAAAUGGAAGCAAGAAAUGGUGCCCAUCAAGGAAAUGACCGAUGUGUUGAAGGUGGUCAAGGAGCAGGUUGGCCUCAAGGUUAAGCAAUGGGUGCGCCUAAAGCGCGGUCUCUACAAGGACGACAUUGCACAGGUGGACUAUGUGGAUUUGGCUCAAAACCAAGUGCAUCUCAAACUUCUUCCACGUAUAGACUAUACAAGAAUGCGAGGAGCUUUAAGGACGACAGCAACCGAGAGUGAUGAUAGCAAGCGCAAGAAAAAACGCCGUCCGGCAGCUAAACCCUUUGAUCCAGAAGCUGUGAGGGCAAUUGGAGGUGAAGUUCACUCGGAUGGUGACUUCUUGCUCUUUGAGGGAAACCGAUAUUCGCGAAAGGGCUUCCUUUACAAGAACUUUACCAUGUCGGCCAUUCUGUCGGACGGUGUGAAGCCUACUCUAGCUGAGCUAGAACGCUUUGAGGAAUCUCCGGAGGAGGUCAACUUGGAAAUAAUGGGCACCGUAAAAGAUGAUCCCACUUCGGCUCACUCGUUUUCAAUGGGUGACAAUGUUGAAGUGUGCGUGGGUGAUUUGGAGAACUUGCAGGCCAAAAUUGUGGCCAUUGACGGCACCAUGAUUACUGUCAUGCCCAAACAUCAAGAUCUUAAGGAUCCUUUAAUUUUCAAAGCCAGUGAGCUGCGCAAGUACUUUAAGACAGGAGAUCAUGCCAGAGUGUUGGCCGGUCGUUACGAAGGCGAAACUGGUCUUAUUAUUCGAGUUGAGCCCUCGAGAGUGGUGCUCGUCUCCGAUCUGACCAACCACGAAUUGGAGGUGCUGCCAAGAGACCUUCAACUCUGCUCAGAUGUCGCCACUGGUGUUGAUUGUCUCGGUCAAUUCCAAUGGGGAGACUUGGUGCAACUGGAUUCCCAGAAUGUGGGUGUUAUAGUGCGAUUGGAGCGGGAGAACUUUCAUGUUUUGGGCAUGAAUGGCAAGUGCAUCGAGUGCAAGCCAACUGCUCUGCACAAAAGGAGGGAGAACCGUAACACUGUGGCUCUUGAUGCCGACCAGAAUCAGAUUCGUCGUCGCGAUAUCGUCAAGGUGAUGGAGGGACCACAUGCUGGACGUUCCGGUGAAAUUAAACACUUGUACCGCAGUCUGGCUUUUCUUCAUUGCCGCAUGUACACGGAGAACGGUGGAAUAUUUGUGUGCAAGACCCGUCACUUGCAAUUGGCUGGAGGCAGCAAGACCAAUGUUAAUAACCCCGGCACUCUUGGUGGUUUGGGCUUCAUGUCUCCGCGCAUUCAAUCACCAAUGCACCCAUCCGGUGGGCGCGGAGCUCGCGGUGGAGCGCGUGGCGGUCGCGGCGGUUUCCGUGUGACGCGUGAUCGCGAGAUUUUGGGCAAAACCAUCAAGAUUAGUGGUGGACCCUACAAGGGGGCUGUAGGAAUCGUCAAAGAUGCAACCGAGAGCACGGCUCGCGUGGAACUACACACCUCAUGUCAAACGAUCUCGGUGGAUCGCAAUCAUAUUGCCAUUGUGGGAGUGACCGGCAAGGAGGGCAGUGUCUCCACAUACGGACGCACUCCGUCUCGUACUCCUGGCUACGGAGCCCAGACUCCGAGCUACACCGCUGCAGGAUCCAAGACUCCGCUGGUGGGAAGCCAAACGCCCAAUUGGGAUACGGAUACUCGUACACCUUACGGCACUAUGACACCUUCGCACGAUGGCAGCAUGACGCCUCGUCACGGAGGUUGGGAUCCAACCGCCAACACAACGCCGGCCAGGAACAACGAGUUCGAUUAUUCCCUCGAGGAGCCUAGCCCCAGCCCUGGCUACAAUCCAAGUACUCCUGGCUAUCAGAUGACUUCCCAGUUUGCUCCUCAAACGCCUGGCACUUUAUACGGAUCAGAUAGGAGCUACAGUCCCUUCAACCCCAGUCCCAGUCCUGCUCCCUCGCCCUAUCCGGUGGGCUACAUGAACACUCCGUCGCCAUCGACCUAUUCACCGAAUACUCCGGGUGGCAUACCCCAGUCGCCGUACAACCCGCAGACACCGGGAGCCAGUCUGGACUCAUCAAUGGGCGACUGGUGCACCACGGAUAUUGAAGUUCGAAUUCACACGCACGAAGACACCGAUCUUGUUGGGCAAACGGGCAUCAUCCGCACAGUGUCCAACGGCGUGUGCUCCGUUUUCUUGCGUCAGGAGGAUCGCAGUGUGUCUAUCGUUAGUGAGCACUUGGCUCCAGUGCCACCAAACACUGGUGAUGAAUUCAAGGUCAUCUACGGCGAGGAGCGCGAGUCUGUGGGCAGAGUUCUGUCCAAACAGGAAGGCGACGUUCUCGUCUGCAAAAUAAACGACGACGUGAAGAUGAUACCGGUAAACCACCUCUGCAAGAUGAAGUCCAUCGACUAAGCACCGAAUACUUAUAAAUGUUAGCCUCUUCUUGACAAAACCCUUCAAAAAAAUGUAUUUCAUUACGAAAACUUUUAAUUCAAAUAAACUAUUAUGGACGUUUAA